GAGGAUCUGUAUGAUGAUGACAGCGGUGACGAUGAUGAUGACAUUGGCAGCACUGCUGACAACCUACGGGUGUUCUGCUGCAGCUCCACUGAGUAUCAGAAGAUGAGAAACCUGCUCAAGGACGAUGGGCCUCCACAGGUGUUCAGUGACUUGACGGACACCAGAUCCCAGCCCUGCGAAACUACGUACACGAGAUGACGAGCAUACGGCAGCGUCAAUCUGUGGAUAGACUCAUACACAACCUCGGCAGGCUCGUGUUUGACAUGCAUAUCUACACCUCAGAGGGGGGAAAUACAUGUGCAAGAGGUGGCCAAGAUGCCAGGUAUGCCAUAGAGAAUGAGCUGAAGAGGCUUGACACCAACCUGGGUCCCGUUUUACAGAAGUUGUCUGCCGACAUAGACGGGAUAUUUGACGGCAGUGUGAGACCAAAGAUGGAGGAGGGAGCGUCCACUGCCUCUGCGGAGGCUAACAAUACAUGUGCCAAGUGGGGCGCGCCAUUCAUCCGAGAUAAAACAAAGGACAGGCGUGAAGGAGGUCUUCAUUUUAUGACUUACAAAGCCACCACCCGUCGGAAUGGAGUGUAUACCUCACCCACAUUUGGACCAGUUGAUUUCAAUGAGGACCUUGCUGAACCUAUGUAUAGGAGCAUGACCAUUGUCUGGGACAGGGCAUUCAGUGGGAUGCUGUGGCGGGUGAUGGAGGGACUGAAGACUGACCUCAUGGCCCGUAUACAGGACUUCACUGAUGGACUACAGAGGCAGCUUGAGUUACUUGGGAUUGCUGCCAUCCGGACUGACCGCCUCGCUACGCAGGUCAUGGGCUCUGCGCAGAAUAAGCUGACCGAGAUGGUUAGUUACCUGAAGGACAUUGUCACCACUCGGCAGCGGGACAUUUCCCGCAUUGUGACGCCACACAUCCAGACAAAGAUGCUUGACGAGUAUGGGCAGUGUGCAGCUGAGUCUGGGAGCGGGAUGUUUGUCCGUAUGAAGACGUACAUGGCCCAGGGUAUCGACAACAAGCGAGCCUCCAUGUUUGAUGAGGCCACACAUAUGCUCAUGGAACAGCUGAUGGAUCUGCAGACGGAGCUAGUUCAGUAUGUGAAGGGUGUGGUAGCCAGUCUCAUUACAGACUUGAGGCGGGCUUUCGAGCCCCUUUGGGAGGAUCCUUCUAACUCCUAUGUUGUGCGACAAGCAUUUGCAAAAGCUCUUGAUGAGUUCACAGACAAAAUGCGAGUUAUUUACCGAGAAGCUGGUAUCCAGAACACAGAUGAGAGGCACAUAAUCCCUGCCCCCACACAGAGACAACCUGGUGGUGCUGCCCAGGGGUCCGGCAGUGUUACCUGUGUGGCUGGCGUAACAGGGGAUUUCACAGUUACUAGGCAACCAGAGUGGCAGACAUUCUCGAAGACCAUUUACAAGAAGGAAGACACUUCUUAUGGUAGUCAUGAGCGAUAUGGCGAGAUGGGUGUGCGUGUGAAGACUGAGCUUGUUAGCAACAACUGUCUCAAGGAAACCAUGGAAACUGUUUCCCGUGUCCACACACUCCACAUUAAACAGGAGAAACAGACAGCAGACACAUCAAGCACUGAUGCAUCUCUAAUGACAUUUGGACAACAGACUCUGAAUGACCUUCAUCAGGGUCGUCUGGAGUCAGCCCCAUGGAUGUAGUUGUCAAAUCUAGCCCUGCAGCCAAGUCACUCCUACAUUAUAAGACAGUAUCUCAUGCAGCAGCCACAUUUUCAGGACCACCAGCAAAUAAGUCAAUAGGGAAGGAAAAUCACAGCGCAUACAACCAGGCUAAGGUCAUCUUAGUUCCGUCUGGUAAAGCCCCAUCUAGUCACAUUGCCAGCCUGCAGACUUCUCGUGAACAAGUACCAAGCCUUUUCUCAACUGGGAGAUCACAAUCUACUAACAUGUACUGUACCGAGCCUGCUCCGAGUGGAGGGAAAGGCAAGGGACCAGGGAAGGGGAAAGGGACGAUGAGCAGCCUGUUGCUCUCCAAGAUGACCACGCCCAUACAAACUACACCAACUGUCACUGUGAAAACAGAACCACCAGACACAGGAUACUCUGCAAGGCUCAAAAGAGCAAAUAAGUAUCUUUAUAUAGAUUUGACAGAGGAUGAUUGAACUAGUCGCAGAAGAAAAAAGCAUGAUUUGUGACACAGGCAUGACUGAUCAUUGAAUGUAACAGCAUUAACAAUAUGGCACGUGAAUUAUCAUAAAAUAUAUGGAAUAGACACUAAUAAUAUACGAUGUAAAUGUAGUAUGUGUGUGAUUAUUGAAUGCUUGUGAUACUACAGACUACGGUGAUAUGUGGCUGCUGUGCACGAGCCAGAUGGAUUAUGUCAGACUGUAAAUGCAUUGUUUGUGCCUUGUGGUCGGACAAUCUAUUACAAUUUGAAGCAUGACAAGCAAUAGCAGUUUUUAUAGGCAACACGGCGUUGUAGCUUGAUGAGUCUGCAAACAGAAUUGCCAUAUCCACUGUAUACAUGACCUGUUCAGAGUCAAAUUAUGCAAUACAUUUAAGUUUAUUGUAGUGGUUUAAUGUGUAUAUAUUUGUGUUCAUAAUAAUAUGAUUCCAAAAUCAAGAGAAUUUCAUAAAUUAACAUUUCUUUUUUCGUGAUGUUCAUUUUUAUAUUUUUAUGAAUCUGUUUGCUAGUCAUGUUGUGAUUUUUAUGAAAUAUAUUUUUUUCCAUGUAUAUGGAAGCAAGAAAUGUUUUUCAAGUUCUUUUAAGUGAGAAGGUUUUUCUUGUGUGUAAUGCCUCAGCAAUACAGGGCUUUCUUUACGCAUAUUUUUGGACUGAUAUGAGGCCCUAUUUCCAAGCUAUGGAAUACAUUUUUUCCCAAAAUUUUGGUUGAAACUCCUCUCCUAUUUUGCCAUAUUUGUUUAACUUAAAUGUUAAAUUAGAUAUAUUAUUAUAGAACUUUUAACAGAAUAUUGAUUAGUUUUAGUUUUUGUCCAUUUUAAUUUCAGUAUUAAACUUUUUAAAAAGUUUAUAACCAGUUAAAUCAGUUUUAUUUUACUUAAGAAUUAGUUCUGAAAACUGUUAAAAAUAUUUUUAACUUGUAUUUCACCACAGUUUGUUUACUUUUCAAGUUUGAUUUGUUGUUCAUUUUGUUCUUUAAACUUCGCUUGGUUUGUGGGCUCAAUUUGGUUGAGAUUAUUUGCUGCUUUACCACCAAAUAUAUACACUAUGUUGUAUAUCAAACAUGUACAUGUUAUACCUAUAGGGGUUUGUUGAAAUUUGCCAGUUAAAUGAUUUCUCUACUUGCUAAAAUUCUGGAUUUAAUAUUCAGGCCCCAAUACAUACUUGAAUUUGUUUACUGAAAAAUGUUUUUUUGUGAUAAUCAUAACGAUAAUUCCAUUUUAACGUCUAAGAAUUCUUUUAGAAGUAAUAUUACACAUAUUAUAGAAAAACAAAAUUAGUGAGCUUAGCUUAAUCAUGUUAUAAGGGAAGAAAUCGGAGCCAGGGUUUUAAUAAAAAAUGAUUGUUAUUCCAUUUAAAGCACUUGUGUAAGAUUUUGAGCUUGUUCAUCUAUAAGUCCUAUUACUAUCACUUAUAUAUUUGUAUGAAAAUGUUUAUUUUUUUAAAUAUUAAAAUAGGCAUUGCAUUUUUCACAAGUGGCUUUCAUAAAAAGUAUCAAGUCUGUCAUAAAAGACCAAUUGAAAAUAUACAGAAAUUCAUUUAAAUUAUUUUUUUGGAAAUUGAAAAAAAGAUUUUUGAGACCAUAAUGAUAUUCUGCACAAAUUAAGGGUAAUUAAUUUAAAUCCAUUGUAUUGUUAAGAUUAUGCCAGUGGAAAUAGAUGAUUUAUUUAUUUUGCUUUUUUAGUUUUUAGCCAAUUUUCUGCACAAAUCAAUCACAAUGCUUUUUUUUAAAUAUUUACUCUGGUUUAAAAAAAGGUAUUUUAAAUUAACAUUAAAUUCUGCUAUUAAAUUCUGGGAGGUUAUAAGACGAAAUUAUUUUUUGAAAAUAAAUGUUAUUUUUUACAAAAUCAUUGAUGUCAUCAGUUUUGCUUAAAAAAUCCACUUUCGUAGUUAAUACAUGCAUACAAAUGUACAUGUAUACUGUUCAAUUUCUGUUGACUUUCUCACUCACUUGUUUAAUUUAGUAGCCUAGACAUGUUUGUUACUAUACACAAAUGAUUGUUUAUUUUGAUAUAAAACAUAUUGAUGA